AUGAAGAACCCGCUGCAUCCUCCACCCGCCCCGCCAGCGUUCGCGGAUGGCAAGCUCGUCCCCGAGGAGUCCUCCAAUCCCUUCUCAAGGCUUUUCUUCUCGUGGUUGGGCCCCUUCCUCGCCGUGGGUUUCUCGCGCCCCCUUCAGAAAGAAGACUUUUGGACGCUCCCCAACUCCCGCCUGACGGGUCACCUCACUGAACGCGUCGAACAUUCAUUCUACAGACGAUGCCCUCCCGAAGAACGCCCUACGUUCAUACGCGACCCUGCUGCCGGUCCACAAGCUUCGGGCGUCUCGCGCCAAUCAUCCGUGUCCAGCGAGACGCAACACGCCGAGGAUGAGAAGCAAGAAGACAAAGCCACCGCAGAGGCGACGAGCAAACGAAAGGCGCACAGCACCCCACCCGAGACCACCAAGUCGGGAAAGCCGAGGAAGUAUGACGCCAACCUCGCGAUCGCUCUACACAACGUCUUUUGGGUACAAUGGUGGACUGCUGGAAUCUUCAAGCUCUUUUCUGAUACCCUCAACACUUGUACUCCCCUGGUGAACCAAGUCCUCCUAACGUGGCUCACCCAGUCAUUCGUAUAUCUCCGUGCCAACGAGGAAGAGCGGGCUGUGAUGUCGAAACCACAGGGAAUUGGCUACGGUAUCGGGCUUGCAUUUGGGAUCUUCGCGAUGCAAGAGGUGUCCAGUCUGCUGUCCAACCACUACCAGAUGAUCGCAAUGACCAACGGUCUUUGUCUUCGUACGAGCCUCAUUGGAGCAAUCUUCCGCAAAUCAUUGCGCCUUAGUGGCAGAGCUCGAAACGAGCACAGUGUGGGCCAGAUCACGACCAUGAUCUCCACAGACGCUACGAGGUUGGACCGAAACAGCUGGACCCUUCACAAUUUGUGGAUUGCCCCCAUCCAGAUUGCCCUCGGUAUUGGCUUGCUCAUCCGCAAUAUCGGUGUCGCCGCCCUCGUUGGGCUCGGGGUACUGAUCAUCGGCUUCCCCAUCCAACUCAUGCUCGCCAAGGUUAUGUUCGCGCAACGCAAGAAGGGUGUCGUGCUCACCGACCAGCGCGUCCGUAUGUCCAACGAAGUCCUUUCCGGUAUACGCCUCAUCAAGUAUUUCGCCUGGGAGUCGUUCUACUCCCACCAUGUCGGCGAUCUGCGAGAGCAGGAGAUCCGGACCAUUCGCCGUCUUGCCGCAGCGCGGUCCGUCCUGAUCGGUGUAGUCACCGUCGUGCCAAUCAUAGCAACCGUCCUGUCGAUUGUGACGUACUCCCUCAUCAGUGACAGCUUCGAUGUCGCGAUAGUGUUCUCGUCUGUGCAAUUCUUGGGGAUCAUCCGGCUCCCCCUGACCCUGCUCCCGCUCGUCCUCGCGUCGGUGACAGACGCGCUCGUCGCGCUCGGCCGUAUCUCGAAAUUCCUCCGGGCGGAAGAGCUCGAAGUGCCCUACCUCGUCGACAACGACGCCGCCGACGCGAUUGCUGUGGAUGGCGACUUCACCUGGGAGACCGUGCGCAAGGCCUCCGACGAGUCGCCCAAGUUCGGUCACGGGCGUAGUGGACAGCGUAGCGGCAAGGGAAGUCGUAAGAGCAGCCCAUCCCGGGCGGACAAGCGCAAGGAGAAGGAGAAGCGGAAGGGUAAGGGCAAGGAUUCCGUUCUCCCGACAGUCACCGAUGGCACCGAAGGCGAGGUGGAAAAGGGCAAAAAGGCGGAGGAAGAGAAGCCGUUUGCGCUCAACGCUCUCAAGCUGAACAUUCCCAAGGGCUCGUUCGUGGCGAUCGUCGGUCGAGUAGGUUCCGGAAAGAGCUCUCUUCUCCAGGCGUUGAUCGGAGAGAUGCGCAAGAACCGUGGCGACUGUGUCUUCUCGUCGACGGCCGCGUACGUCCCUCAGACGGCGUGGAUCAUGAACGCGACCCUCCGGCAGAACGUCACCUUCGGCGAGGAAGACGAUGAGACCAAAUUCCGCGAGAUCAUCAGAGCUUCCUGCCUCGAGCCCGACCUCGGGAUGCUCCCGAACGGCGAGGAGACCGAAAUCGGCGAGAAGGGCAUCAACCUCUCCGGCGGUCAGAAAGCCCGCGUCUCCCUCGCGCGCGCUGCAUACUCGGGCGCGGACAUCGUGCUCAUGGACGACUCGCUCUCCGCCGUCGACGCCUACGUCGGCAAGACCCUCCUCGACACCCUCCUCCUCAACGGCCCGCUCGCGACGAAGACGAGGGUGCUCGUCACGCACACGCUCCACGUCCUCGACCGCACGGACUACAUCUACGUCAUGGACGAGGGCCAGAUCGUCGAGCAGGGCACGUACGCGGACCUAAUGGCGAACGGCCCGGCGUUUUCGCGGUUGAUGGAGGAGUACGGGUCGCUCGACCGCCAGGACGACGACGUGGUGGCGGCAACCAAGAAGAAGAGGGCGGCGGCGGAUGCGAAGGCGGCGGAGGCCGGACUCGAUGCCAAGGUGCCGGUGAAGGCGACCCAGGGGCUCAUGCAAGAGGAGGAGCGGAUGACGGGCGCGGUUGACUGGUCGGUCUACAUGCGGUACUUCCGGUUCUGUGGGGGCGUGAUGGUCUUCCCACUCGUGCUCAUGUGGAUCGUGCUCGCGCAGGGCGCACAAGUCGGUAACACGCUCUUCCUUGGGUUUUGGACGUCGUCGACGAUCUCGGGUUUCUCCCAGUCGGAUUACAUCGGGACGUACACGGCGCUUGGUGUCGGUAGCGGUCUGUUCACGUUCUUGCUGAGUUUGACUAUCAGUUUGGCAAGCUUGACUGGCGGUCUCAGGAUGUACAAGACGGCCUUCACCGCUGUCGUCCGCUCGCCCGUCUCGUUCUUCGACACCACCCCUCUUGGUCGGAUCAUGUCGCGACUGUCCAAGGAUCAGGACACGAUCGACACGGAACUAUCUAUAAUUGCCAUCCAGCUCUUCAGCACUGCCAGCAAUGUUUUCGGAACGGCCGGCCUAGUCUUCUACACCUUCCCCUACCUCGGCAUCAUCUUUGCCCCCAUGAUCAUCCUCUACUACUCUGCUGCCCUCUACUAUCGGCGCAGUUCUGUCGAGGCGAAGCGUAUCGACUCUCUUCUGCGUUCGCUCUUGUAUGCGUCUUACUCUGAGACUCUCACCGGCCUGAGCACUGUUCGUGCCUACCGCUGGCAAGACCGAUUUGUGAACAAAUCGAACGAAGGCCUCGACCAGGAAAACCGUGCAUACUACAUGACAAUUGCCAUACAGCGUUGGCUUGCAGUCCGCCUCGACGUCCUCGGCAACAUCCUCAUCCUCGGCAUCUGUCUCUUCGCGGCCGGCUUCCGGUCGUCCGUCGACCCCAGCAAGAUUGGAGUCGUGCUCUCGUAUACCCUCAGUAUUACCCAGAUGUUCUCGACAAUGGUGUCUACCUACGCACAGAACGAGCAGAACUUCAACGCCGUCGAGAGAGUGCUCUACUACACUGAUCUUCCGUCCGAGGGCGCGGCGACCACCCCCGACGAUCCUCCGCCGUCCUGGCCCGCGCACGGUGAGAUCAAGUUCAAGGACGUCGAGAUGGCGUACCGUCCAGGUCUCCCUCCGGUCCUCAAGGGUGUCUCGUUUGACGUCAAGCCCGGGGAGAAGGUCCGUCGGCAUCGUCGGGCGUACGGGCGCAGGCAAGAGCUCGCUCCUACAGGCGCUCUUUCGGAUUGUCAACGUCCAAGCGGUGCCAUCGAAAUCGACAACGUGGACAUCGCGAAGAUCGGGCUCGACACGCUCCGUGAAAGGCUCGCGCUCGUCCCACAGGACAGUUUGCUGUUCAAGGGUACGCUUCGGGACAACAUUGAUCCGCAAAACACUCGGACGGACGCUGAGCUGCUGGAUUCGCUGCGGCGUGCGUGGCUCCUGCCGAAGGAGGGCACCCCGGUCGAUGCGACGACGGAAGCGAAGUUCAGCCUCGAUUCGCCAGUUAGCGAUGAGGGGUCCAACUACAGCGCGGGCGAGAAGCAACUGCUCGCGCUGUGCAGGGCGUUGGUCAAGAACAGCCGCAUCAUUGUCCUCGACGAGGCGACGAGCAGCGUCGAUGUCGAGACGGAUGCAAAGGUGCAGCGGACGAUCCAGACCGAGUUCUCGUCCUCGACGCUUCUGUGCAUCGCCCACCGACUGAACACCAUCGUCUACUACGACCGCAUCCUCGUCAUGGACGCCGGCAAGGUCGUCGAGUACGACUCGCCCCUCGCGCUCUUCGACCGCCCGGACUCGGUCUUCCGCUCCCUCUGCAACGAGGCCAACCUCUCCCGCCAGGACGUCCUCCGCAUCCGCGCCUCCGUCCAGGCCGGCGGCCGCGGCGCGCUCUCCCUCGUGCCCUCCGCGCUCCCCUCGGCCGUUCCCUCAGCCGUGCCGUCGAUCCACGAGAAGGCAGAACCCGCCGUGGGCGCGACGGAGCCGCCGCCGACGGCGGUCGCGGAGGUGAUGCCCGAGUCAGGGGCGUCGCAGCCAUACCUGUAG